UCUCCACCUAUAAAAUCCAAACAUUUCAAAAAUUGAACACCGAAAAUGGGUUCACCAUUAACCUUAAUCAAUCAUCCAACGAGCAUCAAAUUCCUCAUUUCUCGGGAAUCCAACAAUCUUUAUUUUCAUAUUCCAAAGAAAUGGUCCCAAUUUGCAACUGGAUUCCCCUUUCUCUCUUAUUCUAACUCUCCUCCUCCUACGCUUUGCUCUCGCUUUUCUCUUCCUUCUUUCCUCCCUCUCAGUUUUCAUUCUCUUCGACCCUUUUUCACUUCGAUGGCCACUUCUCAAGCUGCCACUGACUCCUCUCAGCCUUCCCAAUCCAAAACGGUAAGGGUAGUGAUAAAGGGUAGGGUUCAAGGUGUGUUUUAUAGGAACUGGACAAUAGAGAAUGCUACUCAAUUAGGGCUGAAAGGUUGGGUUAGGAACAGGAGGGAUGGUUCGGUGGAAGCUCUUUUCUCCGGGUAUCCCGAGUCCGUCCAAGAAAUGGAGAAGAGGUGCCGACGUGGUCCACAAGCUGCCAUGGUCACAGGGCUUGAAGUUUUCCCUUCUAGUGAUGAUCCUGGCAAUGGAUUUGUGAGGAAGCAGACAGUUUGAAGGCACUAUUUAUCAAAGAGGUUAUCUCAUUCUAUAUUAUGUAUAACGUUGUUCCAUGAGGAGUAAAAUAGCCAAGUGGUUGUGAACUUGCUGAUGGUUAAUAAGGAAAGUAUUAUAUAGUGCUGGUCCUUUUCCGUUUAUUCUUUGUAUUAAUCCCUAGAACCAGAAUGUGGGAAUAGGGAGGUUACACGAUCGUUAACCCGAUUUUGAUCGUUAUUACCCUUUUACCGGACCCGGUCCGAGUAUUGGGAGGUUUCAC